AUGGACCCCGCACCAGAGCGGAUCGAAGUUGAUUCGAACCCUGGGUACGUCUUUAUUGAUGCAAUCGGAGCCGAUACUUUCACGCUUCGGUCUUCAGCUUUCAAGUAUAGAUGGGAGAAUGGACGACGUUAUCAUGGAGAACAUGUCGAUAGUUACUGGGGCCCCAAUGAUGAACAACAACAGGAAGCAGAAGAUAUCAGUCUUGGCUCAGACUCUUACAUCAUCUCUCCUACAAUACCGCAGCGUGUCCUUGACAUCGGGUGUGGCACAGGUGCCUGGGCGAUAGAUUUUGCCGACGAGAAUCCUUCUGCCGAGGUUAUUGGUAUCGAUAUCUCGCCUAUUCAGCCAAGCCUUGUGCCUCCAAACUGUCGCUUCGAAGUCGACGAUAUCAACAAGCCGUGGACCUUUCCCUCUGACUACUUUGAUUUUAUCCACGUUCGAAACAUGCUAGGAACGGUGAGGGACUGGAUGGAAUUCCACAAAACUGCUCUCAUGCAUAUUGCACCUGGCGGCUGGAUUGAACAAGUCGAGAUAUCAGCUAUUACACGGUCGGAUGAUGGUACCAUUCCUUCAGGCAGUGCUCUCGAACGGUGGUCCGGUGUCUGGUCCGACGUCAGUGAGAAGCUCGGAAUCACCUUCCACACCGCUGAGAUAUCCUUCGAAGCUAUUCAGGCCGCUGGGUUCACCAACAUCCAUCAACGCAUUGUCAAGAUUCCUUUCGGGACUUGGCCCAAGGAUAGGAAAUUGAAAGCCUGGGGCGAGCUGUAUCAAUACUUUUUACUCCAGGGGAUUGAAGGAUUUGCCCUUCGUUCCCUGAUAGACUGGAGUUACGAUGAGGCUCAAAUAUUCCUCGCUGAAAUACGGAAGGAGCUUAGAGAUCCUUCCAUCCACGGCUAUAGCGAGCUGCGUAUUGUCUUUGGCCAAAAGCCAUUAAAAUAG